GUCAGUUUGGAGGUUAGGUUUCAUUUCAGUUAUGGUUAUGUCAAAUGUGUUUUAAAAAAUGUCUUUAAUAAGCACAAAGUUUUUAUCGUCGUUGGUUCAAAGCCACAUCAAUGUAAACCGUAUUUUGUCCGACUCGGUAAAAGUCGUCCAGGUUAGAAAUUAUGCUGCCAGAAAGGGCACACGAGACAGGAAAACUAAAAAGAAAGUCAAGAAUGAGUUGGUGAAAGUCGGUUUCAUUCCCCACAAUCAAAGGGACAAAGACAAGAUGUUACUCAACAGAAAACAGUUAAAAUUUGAUGACUCUUGGAAGAAAGAUCCAGUUGAUGACGUUUAUGUAGCCAAAUAUUAUAAAUGGGUGGUUUAUUCAUUUGCUGAUGCUGUACAAUGCCAUCAAGAAACACAUAGCCCUGAAAUGUACAACCAACCCAAUGCCAACCUGCAUGUUACAGUUGAACUAAAUAUGCAAGCAGAGAAAAAAACUAGAUUUGUGGACAAUUUCACAAAGAUUGUUCAAGUACCUCAUAAAUUUGAUCAUGGUAGUGAAAGAAACAUUGUUGUGUUUUCUAAAGAUACAGAGGAACAAAGGGCAGCAUUAGCAGCUGGUGCUUCAUUAGCUGGUGGUGUUGAAUUAAUUAAACAAGUUCAGAAUGGUCAACUCAAUUUAGCUGAUUUUCAAUAUCACAUAGCUCAUCCUAAUAUUUUGCCUGAAUUAGUUGCUUUGAGGGGUUUAUUAAAAAGAAGGUUCCCAAAUCCAAAAGCUGGUACUUUGGAUGUUAAUGUGUUACAAGCUGUUGAUAAAUUUAUGAAUGGCAUCAAUUAUUCAGCCACUAAAGAUGAAUAUGAAAAAGACUAUGGAGUCAUCAAUACAGUUAUAGGAACUCUGGAUAUGGAUUCAAACCAUUUAGAAGAAAACUUUAAAGCUUUAAUCAAUGACAUUAACACAAUGAAACCUAAAAGACCAGGGACAUUUAUUACAAGAUGUUUAUUAUCAAGUCCCCCAUCCCCCGAGGUACUAAAGGUUGACCAUAAUUUAUAUCUAGAGCAAGAAGCUCCAAAACAAGAAAAUAAGAAACUGGUUGAAGAAGAUGAUGAGGUAGUUGGAGAACGUAUCGCUUUGUAAAAAUGGCAUAUUAUAGUUUAAUAAAAAUAAAAUUG